UAUCUAAACUUUACCAAUAUAUAUUUAUUUGACUAGUCCCUCACUCCAUAUCUCCAAUUAAGCUUCCCAUUCAGCUCAUAAAAAACACACACACAAACAAAACAUGGCUUACAUAUAUAUGCCAUGGCUCAUGAUGUCCCAACUCUUCAUACUGGUCACUACUAGUGCAGCCAAAGUUCCCGCCAUCAUCGUGUUCGGAGACUCCUCCGUUGAUGCCGGCAACAACAACCAGAUUUCGACGCCUCUCAAGAGCAAUUUCGAGCCUUAUGGCCGGGAUUUCUUUGGCGGUAGGCCCACCGGAAGGUUCUCCAAUGGUCGCAUUCCGCCGGAUUUCAUUUCGGAGGGUUUUGGGCUCAAGCCUAGUGUGCCGGCAUACUUGGAUCCAAUGUAUAGUAUCAAAGAUUUUGCUACUGGAGUCUGCUUUGCCUCUGCUGGUACUGGCUAUGACAAUGCUACCUCUAAUGUGCUAAGAGUGAUACCUCUAUGGAAGGAAGUGGAGUACUAUAAGGACUACCAGAAGAAGCUGAGAGCCUACAUGGGUGAGAAGAAGGCGAGUGAAGUAAUAAGUGAGUCUCUGUAUCUGAUAAGCAUAGGAACAAAUGACUUUCUUGAGAACUACUAUACUCUUCCGAGCACACAGUCUCGAUACUCCGUUGACCAGUACCAAAAUUUUCUGGUUGGAACUGCGGAGAGUUUCGUCAAGGAAAUAUAUGGUCUCGGAGCUAGGAAAAUUUCCCUCGGAGGGCUUCCGCCAAUGGGGUGUUUGCCAUUGGAGAGAACAACAAAUUUCAUGGGCGGAAAUGGAAAUGGAUGCGUGGAAAGAUACAACAUUGUGGCAGCGAAUUUCAACGGAAAGCUCAGCGGUUUGGUGCAGAAGUUAAACAAUGAGCUUCCUGGGAUGCAAAUGGUGUUCUCCAAUCCUUACUAUGUUUUCCAGCAAAUUGUCCGAAAACCUUCUGCAUAUGGGUUCGAAGUUACAGCAGUGGCAUGCUGUGCCACAGGGAUGUUCGAGAUGAGUUAUAUGUGCGAUCGAUACAAUCCAUUUACAUGCACGGAUGCAAGCAAGUAUGUGUUCUGGGAUUCGUUCCAUCCCACGGAGAAAACAAACCAGAUCAUCACUGAUCAUUUGAUGAAACAUGUCCUGCGCAAGUUCCUUUGAUUUCCUACAAAAAGCAUAUGAUGUAAAAUUAUAGGACCUACUAUAUAUAAGUGGCUUUGUUGAAGUACUUCAUUUGUAUAAUUAUUAAUGAUGUUAUGUCAUUACCACUGCUAUUAUAUUCAUUAUUAGCUUUA